GGGAUGGCGGUUUUCCCUUCCCCCGCUCCUCCAAUUUGGACUGACGCUCGGUUCUCCCGCACCACUUUCAUCCAUCCCGCGCUUACCCUCCUCUCCGGCGUGCGCUCCCCCUCCUCUUCCCCGGCUUGCCGCGCGAGAUCUCCAAAAUUCCCCGCAAACCCUAACUCCUCUCCCGCCUCCCCCUCGCGCCCCCUCACCUCUCUUCCUCCUCGCGCUUCCCAUUCCGAUCUCGCCGCCGUUUCUUGGUCCUGGGGCAUGCUCUAGCUUGCCCCCGCGUAUGGCCUCCGACGGCGCCGCCAGCCGCCGCCCGCCCCUUGCCCCGCCUCCCAAGCGCCGCGCCGCGGGGGACCUGCUCCAGACCGACCUCCUCACCUACAAGCGACGCCGCCGCGCCACUAGCGCCAAACCUGCUGAGGGCAGCGCCGUCGCAUCCGGCCCCGACCAGAAUCAGAUGAGCAUGGUGCCCCACGCCAGCAAUUCUCAGCAAGGUGCCUACCGGAUGCUCGCCAGGCACUGGAGAAGCUGGAGGGACACGCUGGAGGGCCUCCUGCAAUCCCCUGCGGUGAGCCAGGGCUCUGGAGGGAUUCAGAGCUGCAUUCGUGAUGCACUCAGACAUAAUAGCUGCCAGCCCCUGGAAAAUGGGAGCCUAGGUGAGGGCCAAGGCAGAGAGGACCCAAGUGGAGUGGUACAUGCCAUAGAGAAUAAUGGUGCCUUGGUUAAGGCAGAAGAUGCAGCUGCAAACAAUGGCGCCUUAGUUAAGUUAGAAGAUGGAACUGCAGCAUCAUUGGAAGCCAACAAGGCAAUCUGCCAUAAUGCUCUCUUUGACAUUCUAGUCUCUGAGAAGUUUGCCUUGUUCUGUGAUUUGCUACUUGCAACUUUCAAUGUCAAUAAGCCUGAUGAAGAUGUGAUUGGCUUGCAAAAAAUUGAUGCCAAGAUGAAAAAUGGAGAUUAUGCACAGAAUCCUGCGCUGCUUGACCAUGAUAUCAAACAGAUAUGGAAGAAGUUUGAACAAGUUGGCCAAGAAAUGGUUGGUCUGGCGAGCAGUCUUUCAGUCAUUUCACAAGCUUCUUGUCAAAAGCAGGCUUCUGGCGUUUCAGAAAUUGAUAUGACCGAGCACAAGAUAGAGGAAACAAGUUUGGUUGGUGUUGCCCACAAAACCCUGAGGGAGUCGACUCCCCCAUGUGAUUCUGGCCAUUCUACCAUACCAAAACGAAGUGGGACAUCUGGAUUGGAUGGAAUUUGCAAGGAUUGUGGCAGAAAGGCAGACAGCGAAGGCAGAAUUAUCUGUGAUAGAUGUGAAGCCGCCUUCCAUGUUUCAUGUCUCAAGCCUGCCAUUGAUGAUGUCCCAGCAAAAUGGUUCUGUCCCACCUGCAAUGAAUUAGAUGCAGCUAUAAAGAAUAACAACAAUGGCAGAUCGCAUGAAGAUUGCGAUGUAUGCGAAUGGCUUGAGGUCAAGGUGCCAGAAGAAAAUCCUGAGGAUGUUAGUAGAACUGAGUUGGCAGUCAAAACACAGGAGAGCUCAGUCUCAAGCAUGGAUGGAGAUAGUGAACCAGACCUCUCAACUACUGCGCUAUCAAACUUGUGCAAGCAUUGUGGCACAUGUGAAGAUGAAGACAAGAAGUUCUUGGUAUGCGGCCAUCCUUACUGUGCUUACAAGUUCUAUCAUGUUCUGUGCCUGAAAGAAAGCCAGAUUGCAAUUCAGAAGCAAAAGAACCGAGCAUGCUGGUACUGCCCAUCUUGCCUGUGCAGAGGCUGCUUCAAGGCCAAGGACGACGAAUGGACGGUCUUGUGUGAUGGCUGCGAUGAUGCUUAUCACAUAUACUGCAUGAAUCCGCCGCGCAUUGAUAUCCCAAAAGGUUCGUGGUACUGCACAUCGUGUAGUGCGCGAAGGUCGAUGGAUGCAAUGCAGAAGUAUGAGAAGUCGGUCCUGGAGACUGUCAUGCAUGUUCCUGGUGCCAAAAGGUCGAAGGUGGUGGCAAGUGGUGCUCCAGAGACUAAGUAACAGAAGAGCAGCAGCAGCGUGGAUCAGCUUGAGAGGUGGUGCUUUCACAGGCUUAGGGUGAAAGAAAGGAAAGGAUUCUUUGGUCCCUCUAAAGGGGUAUACAUUACUCUGACAGCUUGAAUAAUGGGUUGUGUAUACACAGGAAGACAGCUUGUUGGCUGGUGAAGAUGAGAUGGCAGCGUAUGUAGCUGGAGAUGAAAUGUUGAUUCCCUGUUCUGUUCUCUUUUUUCUGAAUUGAAUUCUUUUGGUUAUUCUGAGUAGGUGGUUGUUGUUUUGCUGUGAUGUUGUGUGUGUGUGUGUGUGUGCGCCUUCCAUUACCUUGUGGCAGCACCUGACACCCUUGUUGUUGACAUGUUUGUUUUGUACAUGUUGCUCACCGUUUCUUUUGUUGGACAAAACGUGUGUAUUUAUAUGAUUUUGCAUAGGCUGUGGUUGAUGCUUGUGGAGGUUUGUGGA